UUCCUGCUCGAAAAWGUGGUUUCGUUGGAGAUAACAUUGUUUAUGUCGAAUUCAAGACCGAUUUUCUUCGAUUUUAAACAAUUAUUCAGCAGAAUUUUUGCUUUGCUUUGAAGCUAAAACUAUCUAAGAGUAUCGAUGUCAAGUGACACUGGAAUCAUGGUGAAAAUCAAGGAUGUUGAGUCGAAAUAUUGAACACAAAAUGGUUGACUAGGACGUCGUCAAGUGAACAUAUUAUAUUGCCUGCCCAAAAUCAUCUUUCUACUUAUGGCAAAGUUUGUUGGUGAUUUUGGAUAACGUAUAAGAAUUGGAAAAGGAAAAAACUUGGMAUUAUAUUGGAAUAUAACAUGGAUGACACAUCUAGGCAAUUGCGUGAAAAGAUGCAGAGAAGGCGGGCUGCAAUGGAGGCCACCAUCAUGUCAGAGACUGGUUCAUAUGUAUCAGAUGCUGAUGAUACAAUAAGGAGAGACCAAACUAUGACACAGUCAAGAUUAGAUGACAAUACAACAGAGAUACAAACAAUAGGUGGUGGUGACAUGGAAACAUUGGUUGAGGAUCUUGAUCAAGGUGACGACAUGCUUCAAAACCUGAAAACAAGACGGCUACAGAAAAAAGAAGAGCUGUCACGGACGAUAGAUGGAACAUCAGGAGCAUGGGGCGAUCAAGYACCGACAAUAUCCCAGCAACGUGGACACUCCACCACAUCUUUGAUUGAAUCUCCAGCAGGUCCUGGUCCACAGUUAAAAAGMCUAGCUGUCAGUGAAGACAGGUUAACAUCCUCUAUGGCCGGGGAGAGUAUCAACUUAAAUGCUUCAAUCAGAGAGAGGCUACGCAGCAAAGUUAGAGGACGACAAGCCAGGGGRGGUUUAGAUGAGACAACUCCUGAACGUAGAUUGAAAGGACUUAGAGAUCGUCCUCUGCCAACAAGAUUUGAGGAAGCAGGGCUUGCUGGUCAUGAAGGAAUUGAAGAAGAAGAAGAAGAUGCAGCGUUAAUGGARAGUAUUGCAAGUGUCAAUAGAUGGAAGAAGAUGGCAAGAGYAUCUCAGCUGCGAUAYACUGAUCCAAUCAUUUAA